AUGCCACUGAAACAUUACCUCCUCUUGCUGGUGGGCUGUCACACCUGGAGCGCAGGCCUGGCCUACUAUGGCUGCCCUACUGAGUGCACCUGUUCCCGGGCCUCCCAGGUGGAGUGCACUGGGGCGCGCAUCGUGGCCAUGCCCACGCCCCUGCCCUGGAACGCCAUGAGCCUGCAGGUCCUCAACACACACAUCACCGAGCUCAGCGAUUCCCCUUUCCUCAAUGUCUCAGCCCUCAUCGCCCUGAGGAUUGAGAAGAACGAGCUGUCUCACAUCGUGCCCGGAGCCUUCCGCAACCUGGGCUCCCUGCGUUACCUCAGUCUCGCCAACAACAAGCUUCAGAUUCUGCCUGUUGGCUUGUUCCAGGGGUUGGACAACCUGGAGUCACUCCUCCUGUCCAGCAACCAGCUGGUGCAGAUCCAGCCCGCCCACUUCUCCCCAUGCGGCAACCUCAAGGAAUUGCAGUUGCAUGGCAACCACCUGGAGUACAUCCCCGAUGGGGUCUUUGACCACCUGGUGGGCCUCACCAAGCUCAAUCUGGGCAAGAACAGCCUCACCCACCUCUCCCCCCGGGUCUUCCAGCGUCUGGGCAACCUCCAGGUCCUCCGGCUUUUUGAGAACAGGCUCUCUGACAUCCCCAUGGGCACUUUCGAUGGGCUUGGCAACCUGCAGGAACUGGCCCUCCAGCAAAACCAGAUUGGUACCCUCUCCCCAGGCCUCUUCCACAACAAUCAUAACCUCCAGAGACUCUACCUGUCCAACAACCACAUCUCCCAGCUGCCCCCUGGCAUCUUCAUGCAGCUGCCCCAGCUCAACCGCCUGACGCUCUUUGGGAAUAAUCUGAAGGAACUCUCCCCAGGGAUCUUUGGGCCCAUGCACAACCUGCGGGAGCUCUGGCUCUAUGACAACCACAUCACGUCCCUUCCCGACAACGUCUUCAGCAGCCUCGGCCAGCUGCAGGUCCUGAUUUUAAGCCGCAACCAGAUCAGCACAAUCUCCCCCGGGGCCUUUAACGGGCUCACGGAGCUACGGGAGCUGUCGCUCCACACCAACGCCCUGCAGGACUUGGAUGGAAGUGUCUUCCGCAUGCUGGUCAACCUGCAGAACAUCUCCCUGCAGAACAACCGCCUCCGGCUGCUCCCUGGAAAUAUUUUUGCCAAUGUCAACGGCCUCAUGACCAUCCAGCUGCAGAACAACCAGCUGGAGAACCUGCCCAUGGGCAUCUUCGACCACCUGGGGAACCUGUGCGAGCUUCGGCUCUAUGACAACCCCUGGAGGUGUGACACGGAGAUCCUGCCCCUCCGCAACUGGCUCCUGCUCAACAGGCCCCGGUUGGGCACGGAUGCCCUCCCGGUGUGUUUCAGCCCAGCCAACGUCCGAGGUCAGUCACUUGUCAUCAUUAAUAUCAAUGUCCCAGUCCCCAGCGUCCAGGUCCCGGAGGUGCCCAGCUAUCCAGAAACACCACAGUAUCCAGACACAUCCAGUUAUCCGGACACCACCUCCAUCUCCUACACCACCGAGUACACCACCUCUGUGGAGGACUACACGGACUUGACCACCAUCCAGAUAACCGACGAGCGCAACACGUGGGGCAUGACCCGUGCCCAGAGUGGGCUGGCCAUCGCCGCCAUCGUCAUCGGCAUCAUUGCCCUGGCCUCCUCCAUCGCCGCCUGCAUCUGCUGCUGCUGCUGUAAGAAGAGGAACCACACGGUCCUGAUGCAAAUGAAGGCGCCCAACGAGUGUUAACGAGGCCACGUGGGUGUGUGGCCGGGCCUGCUGGGGUUGACCAUCCUAAAAUAAGGCAGCUGGGCAUUCCAACACGGGGCCUCCAACAUCUGGGUCCCUAGAGCCAUCCCUGAUCCUUCUCCUAGAAAGAAAGGUGCCCCCCCAUUGUCUGACCUGCCCAAGUCUCCCGUAGAGAAGUAGGGCUCACCGGGCCUGCUUACCACCAGGGAGAUCCAACCGGUGAAGGCAAAACCCAGGAGGCAUUUCUGCCUCACAACCGCGGCCUUCCUUUACAAAGGCUCCGGCUCCAGCCCUCGCCAUGUCUUUCUACCCCAAGAACAGCCUUCCCAGCCCAUGCCCGCUCCGGUCUCCAUAGACUCCUCUCCUCCAAAGCCUGCUUAUCUUGUGGGAACAGUUCUCCACCCGGGACAGCCCUUUCCUCAAAGCUUUCCGUAGUUCGUAUGUUGAUUCUGCUCCUCUGGCUGCUCUUCUCUCCUGAGCCGUGUCAUCGAAUGAAGCAUCCCUUCCCCCGUCCCCCAAAUGAUUUUCUGCUUGUGAAGGCAGGCAGGGCGAGUUCUCUCCUCCAAGAAGGACUCCCACCACUGAGCUGGUUUCUGAAGAGUUCUGAAAGGCCCGCGCUUGCAGGGUGCUGGGCAGGAGGCGGCAAUCGAGGCCUCUGUGUGCCUGCAGGGUGGCCACCAGCAGUGUCUCUCUGGGGCCGUUUACCUGGAAUGGAAGAAAGGCACCUUUAGGAGAGGAUGUUUCUGAACCACAGCUUAGCUUGGAAACAUGUAGCCCUUUAGGGAACCCAAGUGUGGGGUGUUUCUGAAGGUGUGAAACCCGGUAUGUCGGUACUGGAUGGGGAGAGGAAGCUGGUACCUGGAACCUAAGAGCCUUUGGGCUCACCCCUCGGGCUUCUCUUUUCCACUUUUUAUUAGGGUGCACCCCACAUAGAGAACAGUGGGCACGGGAGA